GCAGUCGACGACUCUUCCAACGUUUUCAUACUCGUCCAAACCCAACGUCCAGAGCCUCUCUCUUUUCUUUCAAUCCUGAUAUCUCUUUCACAUUGACGGUGUGUCAUGUCGUCGAACGAGUUGCAGCACGAUAACACGACGAUGGUGAGAGAAACGAAGCGGACGGAAGAGGACGAGCAAACAGAGGCGAGGAACAAGUGUCGAAAACAGUGGAAAACUAUGGACGCCGCGUUGGCCGAUCGCGACGAUAACAACCUGUACGUGGCUGUUCGUCAGAGCUUGCACAAGGUUGAUCAGCUUCCACGAGGUGGGAGGAGGACCUCGCUGGAAAGCUCGGAGACUGGCGGCAGAGGUGGUGUCUCGCAGGAGUCGAGCAUGGGGAGAUUCUCCACGAUCAAGGCGUUCUUUGAUCAUCAGAAUGUGGGACAGGAUGAGGGCACACCGUUCAGGUGCAGAAGCAGAACCAUGAUGAGCAAGCUGAUGAGAAUGCUCGAACUGAGGAAACGAGAGACCAGUUCUAUCGAACCGACGACAAAGAACGAUCUCGACGUGAACAGCAACAUGGUAUCGCAUUAGACGAGAAGCACGAAAACUCGAGAACCACAGGUUCUCUGAUCAACGACGAAGAAAGGCAUCGAAGAAGAAACAAAACUGCUCAAGAAACCACCGCACCGUUUUAUUGAUGUGCUCUUUCCGCCGUCGCACAAAUUGACAGUGGCAGAGG